AAGGAUGUUUCAGAUUUUACCUGUCGAGCUAGUUGUAUCCUAAGAGAGAGAGAGAGAAGGAGGACUUUUUGGUAUCGUAUACGUGGAAAAUAUUUGCUUGAGCCCGGGCUUGUACGAUUCACCUCUAGGAAUCCACCCAUUGCCAAGUUAAGCCUCUCAGGAUAUAUUUCCCUAAAUCUGCAGGGAGUCAGAAAGAUAGGGUUUUCCAGAAGACCACUACAGUGAAUGAAGUGAACAACACCUUGGACAAGUCAGACUACUAGAACCUUGGAUUUGUGACAAGAUUUCAAAAGUAGUGUCACAUAGCCUGUACAGAUAACUUGUGGACUAAUACUUGUAAAUAUAUACGAUUAUAAUGAAUGUAUAGAUCAAUGGGCAACUGAUCUGGUAUUGUUGUCCAUCUGGUUGAUUGUCAGAAAUCAUGAUCGAUGAAGGUGAAGACUCUUACCUCUUAGAACGCCAGACUCUGGUCUCACAUCUUUUAGAUGCCGUUAAACAGUGUCAGAUAAGAUUUGGUGGAAGAGGAGAGCUAGCUACAGAGACAGACAGCAGAGUAGUGUGUCUUUGUGCCCAGUUUGAAGCAGUACUUCAACAUGGUUUGCGAAGGAACAAUAAACGUCUAUCCGCUAUCAGGCAUAUGACAGAUAUGGUUAAAGGACUGAACAUGAAACACCCUGAUUCUGAACCAACAUUUUGGCACUUUGUACGUAACCACUUGAACAAACAUGAGUAUGAAAGAUAUAUGUUGUUGAAAAACAUAUCGACUGAUAUUGGAAGAGGACGAGCUUGGCUGAGAUCUGCAUUGAACGAACACUCUUUGGAACGAAACAUGCAUAUGUUUCUUGCAGACACAUCUGUUAUUAGUCAAUAUUAUGAAAACUGGGCUUUCUUAGCUGAUGAAGAAAGAAGCAGCAUGCUACCUACCAUGUCUGCAGGUUUGGGGUCUGUUUUGUUUGCCAUAAACAUUGACAAUCCAGACUUGAACACGUCUCGCACCAUUGUACAGAAAGAACCACAGCUAUCUUGUACCGAAUCACAGCAUGUGAAACUCAAUGUAGAACCUCUGCCAGUUGUUGUAAAGUCUGUUGGACGAGUACCAGAAAAUAGAAAAAAGAGAAGGAAAAAACCAGUUGCUCAGGUUGUGUCUUUUGAUGAUGAUGAGGUCAAGACAGAGGAUGAAAGGUCUGUAGAGUGGUCACAUGAAUGUUAUAGUGCUCCACCUACCUGCAUGUCAUCACCUGUAUCGAGCUCAGGAAACUUUCCUGACCUUGACCGACUAAGUACAUAUUCCAAUGUUAGUCUGUCAGUGUCGAACAAGUCAUCCCCACAUUUGGAAAGAAAUGAAUCUGAUAAAUUAAAUGAUGGUGCAGAUGGACAGAUGAAUCUUCAUGCCACUACCAAUUCCCAGUCUUUAAUUUCUUCCAUAGGAAUAACUGUCAAAAAGGGUUCUCCCUUGUCUAGUAGUGUGAAUAUGAGUAUGACUAGCAGUGACAGUUCAGGAGAUGUUUGUGAUCAGCCUUCAGGUUCUGAAAAUUCUUUUCCAGUUAAUGAGCUUUCCAUAAAGACAAAACAAGAUGUUGAAGCUAAUAAUUCUUCAGUGAUCAUAAGUGAUAGUGCUCCAAGUCAUACCAAUAGUAGGCAGAAAAAUGAUACCAAAAAAUUUAUAAAACAGAGUAAUCCUUUAGAACCUAAAAGAGAGGACUUCACCAAUGGAAAUAUUUUGAUGCCCAUUUUGGGCUCCUCAGAAUUCAGUGUCCCUUUAAUCCCAUUGUCUCAGGGAGAUGACAUUCCUUCCGGUAAGAAAGAUUCAGCAUCCAUUCCUAGCUAUGGAGAUGAAAUGGAAAACGCUGCAGCUGCCCUAGCCAUGACCCAAAAGAUAUCGGGCUGGGCCAACUCUUCAGGAGGAAAGACACACACUAAAGAACAAAAAAUAACAGAACCUCGCACUCGCAGUGAUACCAUGACCAUGAGUGCAGAUGAACUACGUGAGGCUUUGUUGACAGUCCUUCAAAGGAAAACAGAAGCUGAAGAACAAAUUAGCUCUCUUCGAUCUCUACUGCACCAAGAGAUGGAGUUGAAUGCAGGAUUGCGAGCAGAAAUAAAGGAUGUGAAAAAAGAUCAAGAAGAAAAAAAUGAAAAAAUUGAAGCUAAAUUUCAGACAGUAACAAGGGAAAAUGAGCUUCUCAAGCACCAGUUGAAAAAGUACAUUACUGCUGUACAAAUGUUGAAAAGAGAUGGAAUUAAAGGUCAUGAAGUACUCAAAAAUAUGAUUGGAGAGAUUGAGCCAGCUGUUCCUGAACCUAAAUUGUACAUUGAUCAUCACUAUGAGGCUAGUGAAUAUGAAAAGAAACUUGUACAGGUGGCUGAAAUGCAUGGAGAACUUUUAGAAUUCAAUGAACAACUACAUCGUCAGCUUGUACAACGGGAAACUACUAUACGUCGACUACGAGAAGAACUAAUAGAUUUACGAGGACCUUUUCCAGAAGAAAAUCAGACAUCGGAUGAUGACGUCAGUGUAACUUCUGAUUAUGAUGCGAGUUCCCAGUUAGCAAUUUCACGACCACUCAUUAAUAUCUGGAUUCCUUCUGCAUUCUUGACAGGAAGGUCAUCUGAUGUUCACCACGUCUACCAGGUUUAUAUUCGUAUUAAAGAUGAAGAAUGGAACAUUUAUCGAAGAUAUGCUCAGUUCUAUGCUCUUCAUAAGGCUCUCAAGAGAAGGAAUACUAUAGUGAACUCCUUUGACUUCCCUCCAAAAAAAUCUGUGGGGAAUAAGGAUUCAAAAGUUGUAGAAGAAAGAAGGCGAAGAUUACAACAUUACUUACGUUGUGUAGUGAACUGGUUUCUUCAACAUAAUCCUGACUUAGCCAGUAAUGCAGACAAAGAAAUGUUUUUAUCAAUUUUACCAUUUUUUGGCAAACAAGCAGACAGUCUUGAUGGACAGGAAAACUCAACAAGUACCUCAAGCCAUUUUGGAAAAUCUGGUUCAAAACUUCCAUCUGCUUCAUCAUCAAGUCAGUCUUCUCAACAACACUACAAUGGAUUAUGAAGGACAGAAAUGACUAUUUGAAUCAUCCUAAGACAGGUCCUUGUUGUGAAGAAAGAAGAGGCUGUUACAUCUUGGGUCUAACCACAGAAAUACUUGUAACCUAAGUGUUUUAUUUCUCAUCACAAAUAUAUUAGCAUAAUACGUGUAAUUCAACAGAGUACAAUGAAAGCAAUUCAAUAAUUUAUCACUAAAAAAAUUAAUACACUUAAUUCUCCAUAAAACUAUCAUGCACUACUACAAUGAUAUUUUAUGAGCAAUCUUGUGUUCUCUGUAUCAAACUGUAAUUAAAUAAUAAAAAAAAUGUAGGGGAAAUCUUUUAAUAUAGAAACCAGAUCUUUGAAUUAUACCUUCUUGAAGGUGGAAGAUACAUGUACAAGAAAUAUGGUUCUAGCUUGGAAAUACCGAAUAUUGAGAUUUGUAUGUAAGAUUUGAAAUGACUGCUGUAAUAAAGCAUUCCUUGUAAUUCUGUUGAUUUUGUUAAAAGUAAUGUAAAUACUGUUAAGUUAAACAUUUGAUUAUAUUAAACUGUUAAUAUAUAUGAUGUUGUUGAAAAUAUAUAAAGAUCUGAAUGAGUAUGUAUGUAUUGUUGUAUCAGAAAUGUACAGGAUGUUUGAAAACUUCAACUGAAGUUUUCAUAUUAUUAGGACUUCAACAUCCAAUAAAUUAAGUUUAAAACCAUUCAGCUAGCAAUUUUAAAAGUAAACUUUGUUUAUAUCUGCUCAAAUGUAGUAAUUAUAUGGAAAUGUGUAACAUUUUAUUUUUUACACAUUUUCAUGACUAUUCAAAUCCCUCUCUUGAUCUCAUUCUUUAAUAAACUGAGUGAUUGAUGUUGGCCUGCAUGUUGUCAGGACAGAUUUUUUUUUCUACAAGUACCUACAUGUAUGUCUUGUGAACAGACCAAAACUGCAGUUUCCCUGUAAUAUAAAAUGUGGUCAUUUAACACUAGGAAUCCUUUUGUAAAUUUGGUGGUGUAUUUAUUUGAAAGCAUAUUCAUCCAAAAGGUUAAAGAGAUUUGGUAUUGAAAGCAACUUCUGCACCAAACAAGACACCACUGGAAAAUAAUGAAUUACACUAAUUGAAAAUGUUGCUAAGAGGAACUGUUUAAUAUUCCACUAUACAAAAAAAAAACAUUCAUCAUCAUCCUUUUCUUUAGAUAUUUGACUAUUUGUUUCAUACGCAAGUCUCAAACACUAUAUAUUAUAAUAAAGAUGUUUUAGAAUUUCAUACUUGUAAUUUUUGCCACAGUUUGUAACAAAUGAUAAAACUAUGUACCAAUCUAAUGUUAUGUAUAAUCACUAAAUGCUACUGAAGUGUCUUCAUAAUGUGUUUUGAAGCUUUUAUUGGCUUUCAUAAAAUAAAAUAAAAAGAAUGUAUGAAGAUAAAUAAGCAUGAAAUAUAACUCAGAUUCAUAUUAUUCACUUAAAAGUUGUGUUACCUAAAAAUCAUGAAUUUAAUUUUGUUGCUUUCUGCGAAAUGAAUUGAGGAUGAACCAGAUCAUGCCAUUGUAUUGUUUAGAUUUCUUAUUUCAUCUUGAUGAAAAAAGUUUCCAGUCAAAUUAUGUGUAGUAUCAAGAAGACUCUGCCAUUUGUUUAUAAUUGUAGAAAAUAAGAAAUGCACAUGUAAAUUUAUUAUACUUAUUAAAAGUUAGUGCAAUCUUAACUGUUGUUGUAUGAAACAGUGCUAAUCAUUUUCUUGAUGUGAAGAGGUAAUGUAUAGUUUAUUUAAUUUUCCAUAUCUGGUGAUGUAAAGAAAAUACUUAAUAAAAAUUGUGGUAGAGAA